UUGCUACGCUGGUUGGGAACACGUCCGAUCCGCGCUAGAAAGUAGACAACCAGCGCCGCCGGCCGGCCGAGACGAGCCACCGGCCCACCGCCAUGGCGCAACUGCCGGGCAGUUUUCCGAGGCCCGAGGUGAACGACGCCCUGCACUUCGUGGGGCAGGUCAAAGAAAUCUUCGCGUCCGAUCUGGCCGUCUACGACGAGUUCCUCGGCCUCCUCGGCCGCUUCUACCGGGGCGAGGUCGCCGCCGACUCCCGGGCCGUCCUGGCCAGGCUGUUCGCGUUCCUCGACGGCCAUCCCGACCUUUCGCAAAGCCUCCGCGCCUUCUUGCGCCGCCCCUUCCAGCACGGAGCCGACGAGCCCGUCAUCCGCGAGGAGGAUCGUCCGCCCAAGCGGCCCAAGAGGGAGCGCCGCCACCCCCACCCCGUCGACGCGGACUGCGCCGAGGCCAUGCGGUUCCUCGAGCGGGUGAAGCGGGCGGACGCCGGGCUCUACGACAGGGUCCUCGCGCUGCUCUUCCACGUCGGGGCGGAGGUCAAGCUCGACGCCAAUCAGAUCUACGACAAGGCCCGGAGGAUUUUCGGGCCGGCGCACGGCGAUCUCCUCCGCGGUUUCAUGGCGUACCUUCCCACGGGACGUGACUUUCUGAGGCGACGCCCUCUCCCCAAGAAGGAGCCGCCAGAAGAGCGCCCUGCUCCGGCUCCGGCACCAAAGCGCAAGGCCCCCGCCGCCGCGAUCCCUGCCACCGACGCGGCUGGCAAGAAGAAACCCCGCGUCGACGAGCGCAAGACGACCAACCGACGCGCCUCCCCAACAACCGUCGACGCCCCCAAGAGCGGCGACAAGUUCUCCAAGUUUAGGGAGGCGUGGGAGUUCGAGACCGCGUACACCAAGCUCGUGGUCACCAUGAGACGCACCAAGAAAGCACUAGAAGAGCUCAAGCCAAAGCCAGAGAAGAAAUCGCCGGAAGAGGUCAAGCCGUCGUCGCCGUGCCACCGCAUGCGGCCGCGCACGUUCGAGGAGCUCUACCCCGGGCGUGAGUGCCGGGAGGUUCUCCGGGAGAUGUACGGCGACAGGUUGGGACCGAUGCGGGAGGCGCUCGAGGACGGCGCGCGCACCGAGCUGGCUCUGAGGACGAUCAAGCGCAGGCUGGAGAAGCUGGAGCAGGCGGCCGUGAAGAUGACGAGGGAGCGGCGGGAUCCCGCCCGCGUUGUGCGCCCGAUGUGCGAGCUUGUUGUAGAUCGGGUGGCGGUUCUUCGGGGUCGCGCGGAAGCGGAAAGUGCAGCGGCGCUCAAUCGUGAUGGCCCGUGCGAGAGCCCGGCCGGCAUGUCCGAGACCAAGAUUGCCGGGAGCGAGGCAACCACCAGCACCAGGAAAAACGAGCGGACGCCGGAGAAGGGAGGGGAGAGGAGGAUGGCAGCGGCGGCGGCGGCGGAGGGCGCGGCGGCGCCGGUGGCGGCGGCGAUGCGGGCGGUGCUGGCGCGUGCGGGGCGCGCGGCGGAGCGGUCCGGGCGGGCGGCGGAGGCGGUGCGGGUGGUGGCGAUCGGGAAGACCAAGCCGGUGUCGCUGCUGCGGCAGCUCUACGACGCCGGCCACCGCUCCUUCGGCGAGAACUACGUCCAGGAGUUCGUCACCAAGGCGCCGCAGCUUCCGGAGGACAUCCGGUGGCAUUUCGUCGGGCACUUGCAGAGCAACAAGGUGAAAUCGCUACUAGCUGCCGUUCCAAAUCUUGACAUGGUUGAGGGUGUAGGUAAUGAAAAGAUUGCCAAUCAUCUGGAUCGUGCUGUCGUUAGCUUGGGCAGGGAGCCUUUAAAAGUUAUGGUGCAAGUAAACACUAGUGGAGAAGAAUCAAAAUCUGGUAUUGAUCCUUCUAAAUGCGUGGAGCUUGCUAAGCAUGUGAAACUAGCUUGCCCAAACUUAAUAUUGUCAGGACUGAUGACAAUAGGGAUGAAAGAUUACUCGUCAACACCGGAAAAUUUUAAGGCACUGGUAAACUGUAAGCUUGAGGUUUGCAAGGCCCUCGGGAUACCGACAGAACAGUUUGAACUAUCCAUGGGAAUGUCCGGUGACUUUGAGCAAGCGAUAGAGCUGGGCAGCACAAAUGUGAGGGUUGGGUCAACAAUAUUUGGACCAAGGGAGUAUCCAAACCAAAAGCAGAAUUAAAGAACAUGUGCUUCUUGUGCUCUUCGACAAUUCUUAUUGCCUAUGUGCAUUGUAUGUAUGAUGGAAUGUAAAUGUACAUGUAAAUAUCUGAUGUUUAGAAGUGUGUAAUUCCAUAAAGGACACUGGAAGAGAGCGAGAUAUAGCUCCAUUACUAAGGGCAGCCUUUGCCCUGAAUGAACAUAUUCGGGGUAUAUACACCCUGGUAUUGCAUUAUUAAGAGUGAAGAAUAUUGCAGCCCAUUUUCUUCAAA